AGUUAGGCGGCCUUCGGGGAGGAAAUGCGCAUGCGCUCCUACCGAGCUCGGUCAGGGCAGAGAGCCGAGCAUCGAAGUCGGCUGCUCGUUAAAAAGGGGCGGGGCAGGUCUACCUUGGCAAGGUGGGAAAAGCCGUGAAUGGCGAAUUCCAGAGACAGGCGCGCAGUCUGUCCAAUUAAAGAGGAAGAUGCCUUCCUUGAGGCGGAGCUUCCAGCCGGGUGAGGGACGCUGAGGAGCCGCCGCGUUGCCUGCCGGCCGGCCUGGCUAGCCAGCUUCUGCCCGCAGGAACAUGCAACAUACAGCAGCUAAAUAAGUGACCUGAGCUCACCAGUGUUGAGACAACUCUGCGGAUUUCCUGUGUAUUUCCAGGCACAAUUCUCAGUGCUGGUGUGCAUCUUGCAAAGCUCUUGAGGACCUGGAUCUUGGAAGAACUUGCCCAGUCACUGAGGCCUUCACUGGAGGCCCUUCUCCAGAACUGCCACCCUCCGAGGUCAGGUGGAUGGCUUUAUCCUGAACGGUGUGUUCAGCCAUGUUCCCUGAGUUAAUGAUUCUCGAGAAGGUGGCCCUGAGCUGGACGGAGAGCAAGUGAGAACUCUGUCAAAGCCCCAGCUCAGCAGAAACCCCGGCAAGUGACUGCCGCUCACAGACUUGGACAGCUGCUGAUUCCCUGCCUCCCUCUCGGCACAAACGCCUCCUCCUCCUCCUCCGAGCACGUUGGUGCCAACCCUCCCCUCUGCUUGCAUCUACAAGCAGGUUUGCUGCUCCUGUGCACUGGAGUUCUAAGAAGGGGGAAGAUCUUCCUCUUCUUCUCCUUCCUUCAAGAGGACAACUCCGGCCUCACGAUGGCAGGAAAGGGCUAUGGCUAUUACCGGCUGGUGAUCUUCACGGCCAUGUACGUUGGCUACACCCUGUACUACUUCAACAGGAAAACCUUCUCCUUUGUGAUGCCUUCCAUUAUGGAGGAGAUAGACCUUGAUAAAGAUGACUUGGGCCUGAUCACCAGCAGCCAGUCAGCAGCCUACGCAAUCAGCAAGUUCAUCAGCGGAGUCCUGUCGGACCAAAUGAGUGCCCGCUGGCUCUUCUCCGCUGGCCUCCUGCUUGUGGGCGUAGUCAACGUGGUCUUCUCUUGGAGCUCCACUGUGGCCGUCUUCGCUGGGCUGUGGUUCCUCAAUGGGCUGGCCCAAGGUCUAGGGUGGCCCCCGUGUGGGAAAGUGCUGCGCAAGUGGUUUGCACCUUCCCAGUUUGGGACUUGGUGGGCAGUCCUCUCCACCAGCAUGAACCUGGCAGGGGGGCUGGGCCCCAUUGUGGCAGCUCUGAUGGCCCUGAGCUACGCCUGGCGCACCACCCUGGCUCUCUCCGGCUCCGUCUGCGUGGUUGCCUCGUUGGUGUGCCUGCUCCUCAUUAAGAACGAGCCCUCCGACGUGGGACUGCCCAGCGUUGAGCCUGGGCCCAAGAAGGGGGGAAAGGGCUCCGCGGCCGACGACAGCACCCUGGCUGAGUUGCUGCUCUCCCCCUAUCUCUGGGUCCUGUCUACCGGCUACUUGGUGGUCUUUGGCGUGAAGACCUGCUGUACCGACUGGGGGCAGCUCUUCCUUAUCCAGGAGAGAGGACAGUCUGCUCUUGUGGGAAGUUCCUACAUGAGUGCCUUGGAAGUUGGGGGUCUGCUUGGAAGCAUUGCAGCUGGCUAUCUCUCAGACCGAGCAGUGGCACGGGUGGGCCUGUCCAUCUACGGCAACCCUCGGCACGGGCUGCUCCUUGCCAUGAUGGCUGGCAUGUCUGCUUCCAUGUACGUCUUCCGGGUCUCAGUCACAGCCAGCUCUCCCAAGGAAAGCAGUGCUUGGAUUCUGGCCUUCCACCCUCUUGCUAACCUCGUGGGCUUAACAGAACAUGAGCUGUGGAUCCUGAUACUCGGAGCGAUCUUUGGAUUUUGCUCUUAUGGACCAAUUGCACUGUUUGGAGUCAUAGCCAACGAGAGUGCCCCCUCGAACCUGUGUGGAACUUCUCAUGCCAUCGUAGCACUCAUGGCGAACGUUGGAGGGUUCCUGGCAGGGUUGCCCUUCAGCACCAUCGCCAAGCACUACAGCUGGGGGACGGCCUUCUGGGUCGCCGAAGUGACCUGCGCUGCCAGCACGGUGGCCUUCUUCCUCCUGAGGAAUAUCCGCACCAAGAUGGGACGCUUGCCAAAGAAGGUGGACUGAAGUGCAGCCGCGCUGGCUCCACCGGGGACGGGCCAGCUCCCCCAGCCCCACCAGCCCAGGAGGGCAGUGGACCGGAGGCAGAACUCAAGGCCUCGGUCCCGCCGCCUUUUGCCCAAGCCAGGCACAGCCUCCCUCUCCCACCACUCGGCUGCCCUCAGCUCGCACGCUCAGAAGCACAAGGGGGGCUGAGGCCAGUGCUCUCAGCCCGACCUGCUGGGCAGCAACAGCCCCUCCUGCUGACCCCCCUGGCAGCCCCCUUCUCCCCUCUUUCUUUAGCGUGUUAAGGGAAAUAGGACUGAUGCCUUCGCCAGAAUGCUAGGUUCUGUGGUCAGCAACAGGCGUUUGCCCUUGUGUGUCAGCAAGUUCCACUGAGGUGCUCUUGAACUAGAGGAGACGGCUUUCUUCUGUCAUCUCAGUCUUUUGACUUCAGCUGGGUGUAGCUGGAGCGCAGAGGCACUCGGGUGUAGCCAGGUAUAUACACAGACUAAGACAUACUUAAAGCUGGAGCAGAGAAUGAAGGCCACAAAAAUAAACUUAUUAGUACCACAAGGCCAUAAGGUGCUACUGCCUCUUUUCCUCUUCACCUCAAUCUUAUCAUCUCAGUAAUGAGAAGGUCUAGCCACUAACCACAGCAGUGUUUGGGACUGUCUUGGAGAAUUCUCUUGCAAAGACUGAAAGACAGGGCCCCGGGACAAAGUGAGGGGAAAGACCCUUUGCCCUCUGCCACUACCAGCAAGGAGAGGUAAGCCUGGUCCCAACUUGAUAGCUCACUGCUGCAUCCUGCCCUCCCUCCUCAACCUCUUCCUGCCAUUCCCCUUCCCUUGUGCAUCUCUGUCUUUUUAGUGUGUAAGCCUGAGGGCCCAGCUCGGGUCAUCUCUUGAUCACCGUGAGCUGCUUUGGGAGACAACAUUUGUCUGAGCAGCGGGGUAAAAAUAAUCUAUGACCGAUUCCAUGCCAUGAUAAUUGUAACAAAGUGGUCACUGCCUGCAAUAAAGGACAAUGCAAUCCAA